AUGGCUUCAGACGAGCUCUCCCUCCUAGCCCUCUCGCCACCGCCACACCGUGUGACACUGGAUCCGUUCACCCCCUGUGCCCCCCCUUUGUUUGCUGCUUCCCCUGCGCACCACGGCAGCCCCAAGGAGGCUGAGUGGCCCACUCCACAGGGAGGGAGAGGAUUUUGCAAGGGGGUUGUUGCUGGGGAGGGUGGGGUGGUGCUUCCCUUGCUUGUCCUAACCCCCAUAUGUGGGUUUACUUUAGGGACUAGCCCCUUUGCCUCAAGUGAAGCAAAGAAGGGGCAGGAAGAGGGCAGGCCAGGGCUGCUGGGAGGAGUGGGGAGUGCAGAGGCCCACUGGGGCAGAAGCCUGUUUCUUUAG